AUGAUCGCCUCCGUCAUUGUCAUCUUCACGGACAUCAGCAAUAAUUACUGGGCGAACUCCUUUCAUGGCCCUGCGGGGAAUGGAGUUCGCCAAGAGCCCCCCGUGAUUGCCAGCAUCAUGGUCUGUGCCACGCUCUCGGUCGCGGCAGGCUCGGAGUUGGGAAUCAAGACGGUCUCCUACAGCGCCCUCGUAUGCGGCAGCGCGGUGAUGUUGUUUGCGUCCGCCUUAGAUGGGCCCUGGUACAUCCACCACGUGAUCGGCCUGCACUUCAUCGCGUUUGCCUUCGACACCGAAACAUUCGCGCAAAUGGCUCUGCGAGAGUGGCGGUCGAAUGACGGCCAGGGCGCCAAUCCUUCGUGGAUGAACUGGCGGCCCCUCUUUUGCUGGAACUGGUGGAUUGCUUGCGACUGGUGGAUGUGCUGGCCCUCUUUCGUCGGCAAUUUCAUGGCACGCAUCUUGCGCGGAUGCACCAUCAAACAGGUGGUCAUGUGCGCCCUGCCGUUCCAGUAUGCUUUGCUGUGGUUCUGCAUCUUCGGUGCAGGCAGCAUCGGCAUGAACCGCCACGCCAUCUGGUUGGAUAAACACGCGCACACGAGCCCACACAUCGAGGCAGCGAAUUCUGGGUUGAGUGUGCCGGCAGGCACGGCCAUCAAUAUUGGCCAACGGACUGCAGGAUCUGGCAGCACCACUGGAUCGACGUCUUACUUGCACAAGGAGGACGGCAAUGACAAGUUUCGGGUUUGUUUCAGUGCAGAGGUCCCAAGGUACGCAGCUGCAUACAUCUAUGACCCGCCAUAUGCCAUUGGUUCCGUGGUGGGCGCAAGGAACACAGGGUGUGAACUUUGGAACAUUCCCCAGCUGCCAAACGUGGAGAGUGAUGCUUGUGACACGGAUUCUGAUUGUAUGUUGCAGCAGGAUGAUGGGGAUAGCUUUGUUACAAUCAAAGGUUGA